AUGCAAGUCAAAGGAAGAAAACCACCAUCCAUACUGGAAUUCAUUAUCUAUCUAUCUAUCUAUCUAUCUAUCUAUCUAUCUAUCUGCAUAUCUAUUUCUAUCUAUCAGCCUGUUCAUUAUCUAUCUAUCAUUUCCUUUCUUUCUUCUUUUCUAUCUAUCUAUCUAUCUAUCUAUCAUUUCCUUUUUUUCUUCUUUUCUAUCUAUCUAUCUAUCUAUCUAUCUAUCUAUCUAUCUAUCUAUCUAUCAGCCCAUUCAUUAUCUAUCUAUACAUCUGAGCUUCUACUUAUCUAUUUCUGUCUAUCAGCCUGUUCAUUAUCUAUCUAUCUAUCUAUCUAUCUAUCUAUCUAUCUAUCUAUCUAUCUAUCAUUUCCUUUCUUUCUUCUUUUUUAUCUAUCUAUCUAUCUAUCUAUCUAUCUAUCUAUCUAUCUAUCUAUCUAUCAUUUCCUUUCUUCUUUUCUAUCUAUCUAUCUAUGUAUCUAUCUAUCUAUCUGUCAUGGGUUCUUACCUAAAACUACAGAAUGA